CCCCUUCAGAAUAAAAGCUCUGACAGAACUGGGCGAGAAGCGACCUUACUCGAACACACCGCCAUCAUUUACCGUGAAACCAUGAGGUAAUUAACUGAAUCAGGAUGCAUGCAUUGUCCAACUGAGAUGCUGACGACUAUUUUAAUGCAUCCUUCUUAAUUUAUGUCGUUGGACGUGUGGAGUUUACCGCAUACCUUUUGCUACAUCUUGCAUUAUCAUCCCUCUCUGCUUCGAGUUCGUGGAGAAGCCUGAUUUUGAGGUGGUGAUUUGUGAUAUUUGCUGUAAUCGGGAUCUUUUAAUAGCGCGGUAGGGACAGUAGCCCUCACUGACUGCAUCAUGGUCAACCUCUGCUGCCUUUGCUGCGGUGAAAUCCCUCAACCCCGCCCCCCUCCGUCCGGCCAGCAGGGACCACCGCGGGAUCCCCGCUCCGUGCAACAGCAGCAGCAGCCCGCUGGCUCCGGCCCAGACACUGAAGGGCUGAAGGAGGUGCACAAAAAAGAGGGUGCAACUGGAGGAAACAGAUCAAGUGAAUAAAAGGGAGUGGGUUUACAAUCUGUCUGUGACAUGCAAAAAGUGCAGCAUGCUGCCUUCAGAUUUGGACUCUGCAGCGGAGGACACAGCAGCCAGUGCUGCCAAUGAAGCUGAGGGAGAGGAGCAGGAGGAGGAGGAGGGGGAAGAGGACUCACCGGCUGAGAGCGAUGUCCUGGAGGAGGUAAGUGAAGACACUCUGUAUAUAGUCCAUGAUGCAUGCCAGUUAUUCAUUUUUUAAUUCAACUCAAACAAACACAUAAACAAGAUGCAGCUGGGUCUCAAAAGUAUUCAAUAACCUUUUAGGUUUAAAAAAGAAAGAAGAAUAAUUCUCACCAGCAAACUCUGAUGCAAGAUAAAUUUGAGUGCAAGUCACUCAUGCAUUAAAUACAAUAUAUCAUAUAACACUACAAUACAAGAAAUUACAUGGAAAAAAUACGCAUUUUGGUUUCUCUGCCAGUGGCUCACUGAAAAUUAAAUCUCUUAUUGACAUCCUUUAAGUGCUACUAUUGCUUCCACCUGCAGCCAAACAACCUCUCUGCUUGCUGAAAUGUCAGGACGGUUGACAAAGUGGAAGUAGGAUCUAGUGAUGUGGAAAGAUACUCCUGCUCACAAAGUCAUGCAAUUGUUUUCUGAGGAGAGUUGUUAAGCCAGCAAAUAUCUUUUCCCUUUUUUUUUUUUUUGCAAAGCCUUGAGCCAGUCCUCUAAGUGCACAUGCACGAGUCGGUUUGCCUCUUCAUGCCUCCUGUCUUUAUCUUCAUGCAGUAAUUAUUGUGAUUCCAUCUGGGGGACUGGCUGUGUGCGGUCAACCACAGUGGAUGAACAGUGAAAAAACAGGAGUUGUCUGACUGUCCUUAAAGCCACUUGUCCCUGUUUUGUCCUGGGAAGUGAAUUUGAGCACAGAUUACUUAAAAGCAGCUUGUUUUUCCCCCUCACAAAGUCUAAUUGAUUUUCAGCCAACAAGUUUCAUUAUACUAAUUGAAGGCUCAUAGCAAAGAUGUAUUGACAUCCAAAAAGCAUCGAUGCUGAUUCAGUACUCUUAAAUUUUACUACUUUGGCUGGAUCCAGAGAGAUAUUUUAAAUUCGUAAAAACAGUAAAUAGAUAUUUUUGAGUGACUUGCAUAUUGAUUUUGAACAAAACAUGAUUUGGGAGUUAAAAAACCAAGAAACAGUCCCUGGUCAGGGGGGCCUUGGCCUCUAAUAAGCCCUUGCUCUUUGCUCUACCAGAAUUGAAUCCCUGUUUGCUUCAUAAAUAACUGAGGUGGAACCAGCAAAGCGACAUCUCCACCCCUCUGUCAGAGCAGUAAUAGAUGGGGCCGGUUGUCAACAUAAAUUGUCUCACUCCAUAAAACACCAGAGGUGGUCUUCAAGAACACACAAACUCAAAUAACCAGAAUAAAUAUUAAAAUGUGCCAUGAAGUCUUUUAGAAAUAGAGCCAAAUGUGACUGAUUUAAUGUGUGAUGCUCCAGAGCUUCCCCCCCUUUUAAAACAGUGAAUGCUACUGUCUGUUUCAGCCUAAGCGCUGCAGCUUUUCUCAUUGUAUUACUCAUUAAAAAGCUCUGAGUUUGUGUCUCUGCUGAAUGAGACAAUUCGACUUGUGGUGAGUAUUGCAAAUGUGAGCAUUUUCUGUUUCUGUUUUUCUGCCUUGAGUUAAUCACCCAUUAUGCAGCAGUGAAGUGCCGGGCAAAGUUAUGUCAGAGCAGUGCUGGAAGACCACUUAGACAUGUUAUUUUUGGUGAAAUAGGAUGUGUAAACGUUAUAAAAUACUAUGUUGGUUGUCUUACAUGUUCAGUAGUCUACUUUUAAGAAAAAGUAACUGCUUGAUAAAUGUAAAUGUGAACACUGUGGACUGAAAUUGAACAAAAUUUCCAUUCAAAUGUCAUAAUGAAUUGAAAGCAUAUGAAAACUUUCAAUGGUAAUGCUUGUGUAAAGUUUAUAUACUAGUGGCUAAAAUAUGAGCUGUUUACUCCUGUUACUCAACUAACAGCAGGAGAAAGGUGUGUGAAAUAUGUCAAAGUUACAUGAUAAGGUAAAAAUUAAUAGUUUAAAACUACAACGUUAACAUUGAGGGGUGCACCAACUCUAAUAUGUUUAUUUAAUAUAACGCUACUCAGCCAAGCUUCAGAUCAAAGUUCAUAUAUUUUUGAUUGAUUAAUGCGACACAUUGCCUGCACAAAAAAAAACAAGCUAAACUCUCCUCCUCGUCCUCUUUCGAGUGGAGCGCUAAGACAGUCUGUAUUUAAGGAGGGCUUUACCCCCACUUUACACCAAGGUGUAAGAUUGAGGUUGUAACUCAUGCUUAGCUGGUGCCACCAAAAAAACAUUAGUUCCUAAACUCCACCUUAAAUCAGAAAUAACAUUUAAAAUAGGCGAAGUUUGAACUCAAGCACAGCUGAUGCAACCAAGUGCUGAAUAUUUGUUUUGGAUAAACUAGAAUCCAUUUUGAAAUGUCAGAAAGUGAAAAAUAACCUGGGAAUAUUUUGUGUCCUUUUUGAUGAAUGUCUCAGACUUCAGAUUUUAUGUGGCUACAGUGUCAGUUUUGCUCAUGGCACCCAAAGUCAAAGAUACCAUUUAAAUACUGUGAUGUCAUUUUGACACUUCAGCCUGCUCGGUCUUCCACCCCAACUCAAUAAAAAUCAAACAAAUACUUCUCUGUACACACCUCUGUUAGUAUUUUGUCUGUCAGCUGCUGUGACUCACAGCCUAACAGGGACACUACCAGCUUUAUUUGCAUCCCACUGAGCUUCCUUUUCUUGAUUUAUUUCGUGCUUAGGUAGCAAAAGCUGGCAAUUUAUAGCACAGCCAAGAUCAUUUGCAUUUCUACUGCAAGUCAUAAUGUCACCGCCAUGUUUCCUCAUUGCUCUAAGUGCCUAUUCUUCUUCUCUCUCUCUCUCUCUCUCUCUCUCUCUCUCUCUCUCUCUCGCUCUUUGCAGCAGCGUCCAGUGAAGCAGUCUCUGGGUGCUUGUGUCUGCCGGGACUCCCACUGGCGCUGCCUCCUGCUCUCCCUGCUCAUGUAUGGCUGCCUGGGUGUGGUGUUCUGGUGCCAGGUGACCCGUGUUACCAAGAUCAGCUUCAACUCGGCUCUCACCUCCUCCUUCGCAGCCUCCUUCACCUCCUCCCUGCGUGGGGCCACAGGCCUGGGUGUGGGAGGACACUCGAUGAUCUACCAUGACAGCCCCUGCUCUGAUGGCUACAUCUACAUUCCCCUGGCCUUCCUGCUCAUGCUCUAUGUUCUCUACCUGGCCGAGUGCUGGCACUGCAGAGCCCGGAGUGAGCUGCAGGUCAAAGCGGACGUGGACAGCGUGUAUGAACGAGUUCUGCGGAUGCAACAGGCCCAACCUUGCAUUUGGUGGAAGGCCAUCAGCUACCACUUUGUAAGGCGGACUCGGCAGGUCACUCGCUAUCGUAACGGAGAUGCCUACACCACCACUCAGGUGUACCAUGAGCGAGUGAACACCCACGUAGCUGAAGGAGAGUUUGACUACGGCCGCUGCGGGAUGAAGGAUGUAUCACGAGAGCUCAAAGGUUUGGAGGGACAUUCAGCAACUCGGCUGCGCUUUACCAAAUGUUUCAGCUUCACAGAGGCCGGCCCAGAAAAUGAUUACCUCAACCAGAGAGCCAGAUUCUUCUCCGAGAUCGAGGGUUUGGACGACUACAUGGAGGCCAGAGAGGGAAUGCAGUUGAAGAACGUGGACUUCAGAGAAAAUCUGAUCACCUAUGUCGACCCAGAGAGGAUGCCUUGGUACACGUCCAAUGUUGCCUUCUGGCUGGCAGCUCUCCUAAUGCUGUCCUGGCCUCUGAGGGUGCUGGUAGAGUAUCGCACUGCCUAUGUGCACUACCGCAUAGAGAAACUGUUUGGGUUAGAGUACAAUCACACCGGAGACUCUCCUCUAGAUGAAGAUGGGCCUUUGAGGAGUACUGGAUGUGUAAUUCCAAGAGUAGACACUCUGGACAGUACUGAGAUGGAGUGGCACAUCCGUUGUAAUAGGCAGAUGAUUCCUAGCUAUUCUGAGGCCAUGCUGAUCAACAUGAGCACAGCAGAUUCAAACUCCUUACAGGACACAGAAAACACCUCCUCCUCAAACUGCAUCCUCCUGGACUCCUCUCCUCAGAGCUACGGCGCCCUCCAAAGCCAGGACGACCCUGAGAGACGCAGCGAGCCCAGCAGACAGCGAGGAGGCCGGCGGAGGACGGUCACCAGCUCCAGCUGCUCCUCCAUCUUCUCCUGCCGGGGAGCUCUCUUCCACUCCCACCUCUCCUCUGACACGUCCCGUUUUUCCCUGUGCCGCAUGUACGGCUCCCAUCGCACCGUCGCUCUGUGGAGGAGCCGCAGCAGUAACCUGACUGAGCCCUGCUGCAUGGACGAGCAGUGCUGCAGGUCAGACUCAAGCCAGCUGGCACUCAGUGACAGCCCUCCAACCUACAGAGAUGCUCGGUUCUUCCCAGUUCUUAUUGUGCAUCGGUCUGAAGGACGUGGAAGCGAGGAUGGGAGGGGAGUGAGGCGGUAUUAUAUACGGAGGGGCUCAUCCUGUGUGGAGACGGCUCUGUGAGGGACCUACAGAGACAUACUGAUUGUGAUUCAAUUUAAGGUGAAAGGUUAAAGAGACUUUGACUAGAGCUGCAACUACAAUAACAUCCUAUUUGAUCAAGGUGUUUUACAGCUAUCGGAGUGGAAUCUGAAUAAAGUGUGCAUACAUGCCACUACCACAUGAAAACUGCUCCACCUAAACAUCCCACUGUUUUCAAAACAUACAUCGAUAAUAAAAAAAAAUGUCACAGUCAAACUUCACCAUAUCUUACCUAGUCCUUGUUUAUGUUGGCAUAUGUGGCAGGAACACAAUAUAAGAUAAAAGAGGAUUUGCAUGUGAUUUGCAUUACCAAAGCUGUUUUUGUGUCUUUGAGUUGAAUUAUUGUCAGUUAAGUGAAACCAAAGACAUGAAAAUUCUGUUUUUUCUCCUAAAUAUUUUUGAUUACCACAAAACAUCUAUUAAUGAGAGAUAUGUAAAGGGUACAUGAAGUAAAUGUCAAAACAGAAGCAAUAAACAAAGUUCUGAAGGA